CAAUUGUCAAUUUAUAACCCAACAUUUUAUAAAAAUAUUCAAAUUCAAAAAUACAUUCUAAAAAUGAAUUAAAAUGGUUUUAGAAAACUCUUACAAAUCUCUGACCAAAUUUAGAAUACUAUAUAGAAGAUUAUCUCAAGUAUCCAACAAAGUAAAAUGGGAAAGUGUGGUGGGUUUAGAAGUCCACGCUCAAAUAAACUCGGAAAGUAAAUUAUUUUCAAGAGCCUCCACCAAAUUUUCGUCACCAGUAAACACAAACGUAGCUUUAUUUGACUGUUCUAUACCUGGAACUCUACCAAUCUUAAAUAAAAGAUGUGUCGAAGCUGGAGUGCUUACUGCUCUUACAUUAAAUUGCAGAAUAAACCCCGUUUCACAUUUUGAUAGGAAACAUUACUUUUAUGCUGAUUUGCCAAUGGGUUACCAAAUUACCCAACAGAGAGCUCCACUAGCCAACGACGGUUAUUUGGAAUUCCAAGUUUUUACUCCGGGAUUUCACAAGACUCCGUACACAAAAAAAGUCAAAAUCAAACAGCUGCAGCUCGAACAAGACAGUGGUAAAAGUUUGCAUGAUGAAAAUCGCAGCCUUGUAGAUUUAAACAGAGCUGGUGUACCAUUAAUGGAAUUGGUGUUUGAUCCGGAUUUGAAAGAUGGAGAGGAAGCUGCAGCUUUGGUUAAAGAACUUGUUUCAAUAUUACAAAGGAUCAAUACUUGUUCUUGCAAAAUGGAAGAAGGAGCAUUAAGAGUGGAUGCCAACAUAUCUAUUCACAAAGCAUCUGAACCUUUGGGAAUUAGAACGGAAAUUAAAAACAUCGGAUCUGUUAGAGGUGUAGCUGGGGCCGUAGCAUAUGAAAUAAAACGGCAAAUCAAACUUAAAGAAGCUGGUAAACCUGUUUUGAAUGAAACUAGGGCUUGGGACGCCGUCACGAAAAGUACCGUAGCUAUGAGAGACAAGGAAGUGCAACAAGAUUACAGGUAUAUGCCGGAAACGAAUUUACCACCCUUACAUAUCGCGAUUGGUCCAAUAACAGUGGGUUGCGUGAAUGCCGAUAAAUUGAAAGCCUCUAUUCCAGAACUUCCGGAGCAGACCAGACGUAGAUUGAGAGAUGAUAAAGGUUUAACUUUGGAGCAGUCUAUCAUAUUAGUUAAUGAUGCACCGUUAUUGAAAAUAUUUGAAGAAAUCGUUAAUAGCCGGAAAAUAAAUUGCAAGAUGGUCGCUAAUUUCUUAAUUAAUGAAGUUAAUACGCUUUUGAAUAAAAACGAAAUGGAAUCUGAUGAUAUUGAACAUCCCCAAUAUAUUGGAGAUAUUUUGGAACUUUUAGAAAAAGAAGAGAUUAAUCGAAAUACUGCUAAAGUUUUAUUGGAAGAGAUAUUCUCUGGGAAUCAAAAAUCACCUUCUGAGAUAGUGAAUGAAAAGAAGUUGUUCCAAAUUAACGAUGAUGACGAAUUGAAGAAACUUUGCGAAGAUGUAAUAAAAGAACUUGAAAAGGCCGUUCGUGAUUAUAAAUCGGGGAAAACCAAAGCUUUUAAAGCUUUAUUGGGUGCAGUGGUUUCUAAGAGUAACAAUAGGGCUAAUAUGAGAAAAUGCGCUGGUAUUUUAAAAGAUAUGUUAGAUAAUAAAUAAAAAAGUAGUUGAG